AAGCAAGUCAGCUGUGUGGCAGGAAGGGAUGGAGCCUGGCUGCAUCUCUCUUAAACCUCAUUUAAGGGCUGACCCCCACUGGGGAAGGUUCUUUGGUUGGAGAUCCUUCCCUUGUGGAGUCUCUCCUGUGAGCCUAGAUCUUCAGAGAUGGCCCUACGGGAUCACACGUUGAAUGGUGCAAACAGCUGAUAGCUGCAACCAUUUCCAGUCAGAUCUCUGGGUCUGUCCCUUCAGAAGGUGUGUCCAGAGACUACCGGGCGCUGCGAGAUGGAAACAAACUAGCACAGAUGGAAGAGGCUCCGCUUUUUCCUGGCGAAUCAAUCAAAGUUAUUGCUAAAGACGUUAUGUACAUCUGUCCAUUUAUGGGAGCAGUCAGUGGUACGCUGACGGUGACGGACUUCAGGAUGUAUAUCAAAAGCGUUGAAAGGGAUCCACCUUUUGUUGUUGAUGUUCCUCUUGGAGUGAUAAGUAGAGUUGAAAAAAUUGGAGUACAAAGCCAUGGAGACAACUCAUGUGGUAUAGAAAUAGUUUGCAAGGAUAUGCGGAAUUUGCGGCUUGCCUAUAAACAGGAAGAGCAGAACAGAUUGGAGAUUUUUGAGAACCUUGUAACACGUGCAUUUCCUGUCUCUAAUGGACUGCCUCUUUUUGCGUUCAGUUAUAAAGAAAAGUUUGCUGUUAAUGGUUGGAAGGUAUAUGAUCCCAUGUCAGAAUACAAGAGGCAGGGUUUGCCCAAUGAGAGUUGGAAAAUAUCAAAAAUUAACAGCACCUAUGAGCUUUGUGAUACAUAUCCUUCUGUUCUUGUUGUGCCAACCAGCGUAAAAGAUGACGACCUCUCAAAAGUGGCAGCGUUUCGAGCAAAAGGCAGAGUUCCAGUGUUAUCCUGGAUUCAUCCGGAGAGCCAAGCAACAAUAACACGAUGCAGCCAGCCAUUGGUAGGCCCGAAUGAUAAGCAUUGUAAAGAGGAUGAAAAAUACUUGCAGACAAUUAUGGAUGCCAAUGCUCAGUCACAUAAACUUAUCAUCUUUGAUGCCAGACAAAAUAGUGUUGCAGAUACGAACAAGGCAAAAGGUGGAGGAUAUGAGAGUGAAAGUGCCUACCCAAAUGCAGAGUUGGUCUUUCUGGAAAUUCAUAAUAUACAUGUAAUGAGAGAAUCCCUGCGUAAGCUUAAAGAAAUAGUUUACCCUACUAUUGAUGAGACUCGGUGGUUAUCAAACGUGGACUCCACACAUUGGCUGGAAUAUAUAAGGAUGCUUCUUGCCGGAGCAGUAAGAAUUGCAGAUAAAAUUGAGUCUGGUAAAACUUCUGUGGUGGUACAUUGCAGUGAUGGCUGGGAUCGGACAGCACAGCUUACUGCACUAGCUAUGCUUAUGCUGGACAGCUAUUACAGAACUAUCAAGGGCUUUGAAAUUCUUAUAGAAAAGGAAUGGAUAAGCUUUGGACACCGAUUUGCAAUGCGAGUAGGACAUGGAGGUGAUGAUCAUGCCGAUGCAGACAGAUCUCCCAUUUUCCUUCAGUUCAUUGACUGUGUUUGGCAAAUGACAAAGCAGUUUCCUGCAGCCUUUGAAUUCAACGAGUUAUUUUUGAUCACCAUUCUGGAUCACCUUUAUAGCUGUCUAUUUGGGACUUUCUUAUGCAACUGUGAAAAAGAAAGGUUAAAAGAGGAGUUGAGCACUAAGACUGUAUCGCUGUGGUCCUACAUAAACAGUCAGUUAGAUGAAUUCACAAAUCCUUUCUAUGUAAACUUUGAGAACCACGUCCUGUAUCCUGUUGCCAGUCUGAACCAUUUGGAACUGUGGGUCAACUACUAUGUCAGAUGGAACCCGAGGAUGCGGCCUCAGGUUCCAAUCCAUCAGAACCUUAAGGAGCUGCUCGCCAUCCGGACUGAGCUUCAGAAGAAAGUUGAAGAUUUGCAACGGGAAGCAGCUACACGGUCCCUUUCCUCCUCCUCUGACAGAGGUUCAUCUCCGUCCCAUUCAGCCACACCAGUGCACACUUCUGUGUGAUGUGUAACUAAAGCUGUGUGAAACAAUUCAAGUCAGGUAAUACAAAGAGGGGGCAAAAUGUUUUCCCAUCACGCAGGGAUUGUGAGUGGCUUGUAACUGCUGUGAUCUACAUGCCUUACUGUGUCUGAUAUUACUACAAUGAGGCCAAAAAGAGCUUCAAUAGAUGUGAUGUCUUGUAUUGUUGGCAGUCCCCACAUGUUUUGACAUCUCUACUUAAAUCGUCAAUUGUGAAAUUAAACUUUGUUUUGAGCAACUAACAAUUUAACCAUCCUCAAAAGGGAAUCCAUCUGCUAAGCAGACAGAAAGAUGCCUCUCACAUUGCCUAGGGUACUAUGCCUGCUUGAGAGAAUCAGAUGAAAUGAACACAAUGCUUACACAGAACACUGAGGACAUUUUUCUGAAUGGGAGCUCUGUAUUUCACACAGUAAUACAAUAUAUAUAUAUUUUUGGUAAAGCAAUUGUGUUUUUUAAGGAAAUUGAUGCACUUGGAAAUUGAUUUUAAAGUAAUGUUUUCCAGUGUAGUCAGUUUUGCAUUUCAACUAAAUAUGCCAUUAAAAGUGGAUGAAGAUAAACUGGGUUUGUCAAAUACACCGUGCUGACGUGUAUGAUGUAAUAUAUUUGGUGGAGCAUGUAUUUUAGUUUUUUUAAUGCCUUUUGUACAAGUUGCAAUAAAGUCUUUUGAUGGUUUA